UGUUAUCUUGCAGCUACCGCCUUGUACCUCCCAACCGUAGAGCGGAGCUUCACAAACGGCGACCUCGAAGGCCUAUCGUACGGCAGGUACGAAACCGCAACGCACGUCCCCGUGACGCGUUGGAACAUGGACGCAAUCGACACGCGCCGCUUCUCGGCCGAUGCGCGUAGCCGGGCGCGAUAUGGAUCAUUCCUGCAGAGCGACUUUUCAAUGUUCGACAACACCAUGUUCCGCAUCUCGCCCGCAGAAGCCCGGCCGCUGGAGCCGCAGCAGCGCAUGCUGCUCGAAGUGGGCUACGAGGCGCUCCAUCGGCAAGGACAAAACCGCUCGACGCUGGUGGACUCAGACACGGGCGUCUUCACUGGCAUGAUGCAAAUGGACGCUCAACAGUUCAUACCAAGUGUCCCAGGACCUUACGACCUCACUGGCAUCACGUACUCGGCGGCCGGCGCGCGCCUGUCGUACGUGUUUGCGAUGCGCGGCCCGUGUAUGGUCUUCGACACGGCCUGCUCGUCGAGCUUGAUCGCCAUUCACGUUGCUCGGCGCAGCAUGUACCAUAAGGAAUGUCCGCUUGCACUUGCUAUUGCCCCAAACGCGAUGCUACACCCUGUUGACCACGUGGGGCGGGCUGUAAUUGCAAUGACGUCCGUCCGUGGACGCUGUCAUACUUUUGACUCUAGGGCCGACGGCUACCUGCGGGGCGAAGGAUGCGGGGCGGUUGUGCUCGACUCUGCUCGACGAACUGGCGAGGACGCUUAUGAGGUAUCCUGCCCGGGCUCGUCGGCCCGACACAACGGCCAGAGCGCAACGUUUACCGCACUAAACGGGCUAUCACAGCAGCUGCUGAUCAAGGCCGCGCUGGGCGAUGCUUCGACGACUAUUGGGAGCGUUAUGGAAGCCCACGGGACCGGAACUCCACUGGGUGAUCCGAUCGAGAUCAGCGCAAUCUCGGCGAUUGUCAAGAAGAGUGGCCACAAAUCGUGCUCCGUCUGCGGUAUCAAGGGUAACGUGGGUCAUACCGAGUCGACCGCCGGCGUGGCGAACGUCAUCGAAGUGAUCGGACUGUUGAGGAUUGGAGAGACUGCUCUCAACGUGCAGCUGCGCACGCUUAACCCGCAAGUCCGACAGGUGCGCGCCGAGGUCCUACAUCCAUCCGUGGAUAGUAAUGCGACGUAUAGAGGCAAGACGCAGACGGGAGGCGCGAGCUCGUUUGGGUGGAGCGGCAUCAUCGCCCACGGGGUGUUCCAGUACGAAAGAUUUGUGGAAGUGAGUUCUGAGGAGCGUUGUUUUGCGAAUGCUUCGCUCUAUCGCAAUUGCUAGCUGCUCGUGCGCCGAGAACGUCAGUUGUCGCCUAUGAGGCGCAUUUCAAUAGCGCUACAUUCAAGAAAAAACGAGGUUAGCCGCCAGAUGUCACAACUUGCUGUAUAUUGUAGAAAGACGGAGCUUUUGGAGCACCUCACACACUCUUCAAGGUCGUAUAUUACUUCGGUAGAUCAAGAAAGCGGUCAGGAGAGCUUGUUAGUACCAAGCUUGAACGCAGCCGUUGACAUGGCAAUCGCGUCAGCAAGCGAGGAUAGUGGAAUCGACGCAGGGCUCCUAAGACCUGGAUUUGAAAGAUCUCCCCAGCGCACUAAUGCGGAUAGUAUGCUCCAGUUUUUGGUGCCUCCCGAGCUGCAGGGAUCGCUUUUUGCAAAUCAUCAAUUUGUUUGGCAACAGAGCAGAAUCAUAUUGAAUGGCACAGAGGAAUAUGAAACAAACGUGCAGAGAAUUCGUUCCCAAGGGGGGCCA